AUAUCCACAAAUAUUACAUGAACCAUUUAAGAUUUUAAGAAUAACAUUCGUAAAUAAACACAAAAAUAGAUUCUUCGACUGCUGGAGCUGAUAAAUUAGAGCAAUGAUCUGUUCAUAUUCAAUAUCACAGAAAGGCCUUGUGGUAGUCAUUUUUACUAUUAACCUGUACAUGACGCACAAAUACACAAACACACCUCUGCUCAUUGUGUUCAAAGAGCAGACUAAUUGUGCUAUACUAGUUAUUUAUUGUAAUAUAUUGUUUAUUUAUGUAUUUUUGAGGUGACAAAAGUCCAUGCACGGAGGUUCAACAAUGUGGAAGUGCAUUCUUGAGAAGAAAAGAUGUCUGUGGUUUGAAGCUGCUGCAAUGCUGGAAUGUAAAAGUACUUGUUAUGUUUUUCGGCCACUUGAGGGCAACAGCAGAGCAAGUCAGUGUGAUGAUGCUCUUCUCUUUCCUCUGGUGUCAAAUGCUGUAAUGGACAGGAAACCAACAGGAAGGUGUAUUUAGUGGUUCAUCGGCUGUCGUCAUGACUGUAAAGUUACGUUUUUUUAAAGCAGUGUUGUUUAAAAUCUGUUUGCAUGUUAAAACAAAAAACACAAGUUCACAAUGCAAGAGAGGACAUGUUGAAGGCUUUGUACUAUUGUAAUAUUGUUGAUGUGUAAAUAUAUGCCCAUGUUUGGUAUGUUGUUAUUAUUUAUCAGUUAUAAAUGAAAAAAAGUCCACCACAAAGCAAUACGUCUCCCCUCGUGUCCCCUCAACCCUCUGACAGCUGAAGCCACACGUCUUUUCUAAAGCUGUGUUUUACUAUGUCAACAUUUGACUGAAAUUAAUAAAUUAUAGGUUUUAUGUGACAUCUCCAGGUGAGCUUGUGAUCUUUUUUGGCUUAUGUUUAGAUACUGUGUAGUUGUGUCCAACUGAAACUUGUGUUUGCCAAGUGCAUUUGACCAAUGAUAUCACACCAACAGUGCAGACACCCUCUCUGAAGCAUAUAAAAGAAAGUGGCCUUUCAACGGUCUCUGCAGGAUUCUCGAUAACAUACAACAGUGCAGAUCACGUACUUCAAAGACUUAGACAGAGACUCUGACACCAACAUGCUCUUGUUCCUCUUCUUGUUCGGUCUGGCUCUGGGUGCAGAGUCUCCUUCAGGUGACCAUCAAGUGCGGCUACAGCGUGGCAACUGUCCCAUGUUCUGGUACAGCUUCAACGGCCGCUGCUACAAGUACGUCGCUACACAUAUGACCUGGGCUGAUGCAGAGCUCCACUGUGUGUCAGAGAGAGCCAACCUGGUGUCUAUCCACAGUCUGGAGGAACAGAAUUUCGUCAAAUUCCUGAUCAAGAACUUUGACCCUGCCCAGGGAUUUACCUGGAUUGGACUUAGUGAUAUCCACAAAGAAGGCAGAUGGAUGUGGUCUGAUGGGUCUGCAGUGAACUUUGUGUUUUGGAACGUCAGAGAGCCAAACAACAGUGGAGGAAAUGAACACUGUGGACACACAAACCUUGACAUUGAUUUGAAGUGGAAUGACCUUCGAUGUUCUCAGACAGUCGCUUUUGUUUGUGCAUCACGCACAGCUUUUCCUUAGCAACCGAGAAGGUUUUGUCUGAUUCAACUAUGUGACUUUCCACCUGCUCUGCAGUAAUGCAUUAAGCCUGCACCAUAAAGAUACACAUGUGCAAGUGUAUGUACAGAAGUAAUUUCAUUAACCUUAAUUUUCUUGAAUGUUAGACACUAACAAAGGUAAUUUCAAAAGUGGGUCAAAGGGAAUACUUCCAAAACUUUUGAAUGAUCCCAAAUUUGUCUUUUUUCCUCAUUGACCCAUCGAAAAAUAUAUUGAUUUAGAAGAAAAGUGAUUCAACUCUUUAUAAUUACAGUAUAUGGGUUGAAAGGAUACUUUCUUGUGUAUAACUCUACUCAUCAAUAAAAGGAAUUGUUUGAUGAUGA